AUGGCAACGGAGAGCAGCAUCGCUUCAGCCUUCGCUGCAGCAGCGAAGGGCCAGAGUUCGUUCCCGGUGGGGCAGCUAGCAACGGCAGCAAGGGCAGCAGGUGCUUCUCCUUCUUUAGCUGAGGUGAAGCGCUUUGGAGAUAAGUGUGGCGCUUCUGUUGGUGCUGCUGCCUUUAAGGAGUUUUGCAUGCAAACAUCGCACAAAGACUCAGAAGAAGACCUACUGGCUUUGUUUGAGGCAAUGGACUUGCAACUGACAGGGAAGGUGAAGAAGAAGGACAUAAAAAAGUGUCUCCUUACAUUUGGAGAGCCACUGACCCAACAAGAAGCAGAUGCUGUCUUAGAUGAACUCUUCCCAGAAGAAGAAGACAUUCCUUAUCAGGUCUUCAUCCAAAAACUGCUGCUCUAG